CAGAGGCAGAAGGAUCUAUUCAUGGCUGAGGGGGAUCCAGAGGUCCUACCGGAGCUGUUUCGACCCCGGGACUCGGCCGUCUUCACGGCGCGAGGAGCUGCAGGCAGCCGGCAAGCGCCUGAGGAGCGGGACUGGUUCUAGAGAGAUUUUGGGGGAGAUUGAACGGAGCUAAAACUUGGAAUGCGGCUUGCUUCCCCCCAUCUUGCUGGAUUGGCUGGGCAGCCUGGAAAAUGCAGUGAGCCCUGCUCAGAUGCUGGAUUUCUACACUGCGAGUCCGUCUUCCUGCAUGCUCCAGGAGAAGGCUCUCAAAGCAUGCUUCAGUGGAUUGGCACAAACAGAGUGGCAACACCGGCACAGUGCUCAAUCAGUUGAAACUCAGAGCACCAGUUCUGAGGAACUUGUUCCAAGCCCUCCUUCACCACUUCCACCCCCGCGUGUUUACAAGCCCUGUUUUGUCUGUCAAGACAAAUCAUCUGGAUAUCACUAUGGUGUCAGUGCUUGUGAGGGAUGUAAGGGCUUCUUCCGCAGGAGUAUCCAGAAGAAUAUGGUUUACACAUGUCAUAGAGAUAAGAACUGUGUUAUCAAUAAAGUUACCAGAAAUCGUUGCCAGUACUGCAGACUACAGAAGUGCUUUGAAGUGGGAAUGUCCAAAGAAUCUGUCAGAAAUGAUAGGAACAAAAAAAAGAAGGAACCUACAAAGCAGGAGUCCACAGAAAACUAUGAAAUGACAGCAGAGCUGGAUGACCUCACUGAGAAGAUCCGAAAAGCUCACCAGGAAACCUUCCCCUCGCUCUGCCAGCUGGGAAAAUACACUACAAACUCUAGUGCAGACCAUCGGGUUCGACUGGAUCUUGGGCUAUGGGACAAAUUCAGUGAACUUGCAACAAAGUGCAUUAUUAAAAUAGUGGAAUUUGCAAAACGAUUGCCAGGCUUUACAAGCUUGACCAUUGCAGACCAGAUAACUCUACUUAAAGCAGCCUGCCUGGACAUACUGAUCCUCAGAAUUUGCACAAGAUACACACCAGAACAAGACACCAUGACAUUUUCAGAUGGCCUUACCUUGAACCGAACUCAGAUGCACAACGCUGGAUUUGGCCCCCUGACCGACCUCGUGUUCACCUUUGCUAACCAGCUCCUGCCUUUGGAAAUGGAUGACACAGAAACCGGUCUCCUUAGUGCCAUCUGCUUGAUCUGUGGAGAUCGCCAGGACCUUGAAGAACCAAUGAAAGUGGAUAAGCUUCAGGAGCCGUUGCUUGAAGCACUGAAAAUUUAUAUCCGAAAGAGACGACCCAACAAGCCUCACAUGUUUCCAAAGAUCUUAAUGAAAAUCACAGAUCUUCGUAGCAUCAGUGCAAAAGGUGCGGAACGCGUCAUUACAUUGAAAAUGGAAAUUCCUGGAUCCAUGCCGCCUCUUAUUCAAGAAAUGUUGGAGAACUCUGAAGGACACGAACCACUGACACCAACCUCAAAUGGAAAUACUGCAGAACACAGCCCGAGUAUCUCGCCUAGCUCAGUGGAUAACAGCAGUGUCAGCCAAUCCCCUAUGGUGCAAUAAGACAUUUUCCAGCUACUUCAGACAUUCCUAACACCUUAUGUACAGGGAUGAAAAGCAAGAAAAACAUUUUUACUGCUGCUUACUUUCUGGACUUAAUAUAUAUCUAUAUAUGUAUAUAUAUAUAGAUAAAAACUCAACAAGGACCAAGAAAUUUUCGUAUGUAUCGAUAUAUACUCCUUGCUGUUUAAACUCUUAAAAUAGAAAACGCAAACUUUUGAAACUCUAAAUCAGCCAUUUCAUGCAAAAAAAAAAAAAAAAAAAAAAAAGUUAAGCUUCUGUUUUCUCUUCUGAACAUUCAAGACUGCAUGGUGACAAGACAGAUCUCAAACUUUAAAUUCUGGUUGCAUUUCUGAUGACUUUGUACAUACAGAUGUAUGGCUGUACUUUCUGUACUGGAUGUUCGGUGCUUUCCUUUUGUCUGUCAUACCUAAAACGAUCAAGACACCAACCAGAUGCAAUGGACUACUGUACACAUCCAGAAAAGGAAAUUUCAAGGACUGUCUGAUUAGUUAAUACGAAAGCUACUCUUUGAUGCCCUCAGUUUGCAUCUCCUUGUAAAAACUAUACAAAAUCCCUGCACUCGCAGAAAAGACAUCGGUGUCAGCAUUAACUGCCAGAUCAGUUAUUCAGAUGUCAUUUGCUCCACUGUUAACGUCACUUUAAAAUUUAAAAAGUGGUUUAUUAGCUGGCUGGUGACCUAGCUACACCGGUAACUACUACAUUUCUACAGUCAUGAUAGCCUCCAAGGCAGAAACACUUCUCAGUGUUACCGUGUUUUUGUUUACUUAUUCACAAGCCAUUAGGGAAACUUCAUGGGAUGAUAACCAGCAGACUCAUUGACAGCUUUCAAAGGGGUGAGUCCAGGGUAUUUCCUUCAGAGUCGACCGCCAGGAAUGAGCUGAACUAUGCGGCCUUCCAGGUGCUAGGGAAGUACAGACAGGACUUCCAGAAACACAAGGAGAGAAUCUGCCUUCUUGGCCUUGUUAAAUCACCAUGAAGCAGAGUGAAAACUGUGGUAGAAUGGUUAACAGAUUUAAAGUGUCAGUUUCUUAGGUUUCAUUUAAAGCACUAGUGGAUUUUUUUUUAUAUAUUCUAGCAAGUCUGUGAUGUACUUUCACUGGCUCUGUUUGUACAUUGAGAUUGUUUAACAAUGCUUUCUAUGUUCAUAUACUGUUUACCUUUUUCCAUGGAGUCUCCUGGCAAAGAAUAAAAUAUAUUUAUUUUAAAAAAACACCUAUGUGGAAGUGGUCCCUCCAGCCC